ACCAGCAGCUACUUGAAGAAGCUGUGGUGGAGAAAGAAGCUCAGGGGCAGGGCAUGAGUCAGCCCCCAAGUGGAGGCAAGCUCCCUGAACUGGCCAGCGACAAGAGACUGAGAGGUCACCAUAAGGGGGAUGCCCUAAACCAGCAGGCAGUUGGAAGGAGACUUACCACAAGCAUUGCCUACCUCAAGACCAGCCUCCCAGUUUCUAGAGAUGGAUUAUCUGACUUUCCUUUUGGCUAUUCUGCAUGUGCACAAAGCACUAUGUGAAGAGACAUUCUGGGACACAACUGUUCAGCUUUCUGAGAAUAUGACUCUGGAAUGUAUGUAUCCAUCAGUGGGUUUUGUAAGUCAGAUGGACUGGACCAAGAUCAAUGGUACACAGAAAGAGAGCAUAGCCGUUUACAACCCUUACUUUGGUGUGGCAGUAAUGGAUGCCUAUAACAGUAGAGUUUACUUUCCAAACACAACAAAGAAGCCUGGCGAUUUGAGUCUUUCCUUUCACAAUGCCUCUGAAGUGGACGUUGGCUUCUACUCCUGCGUGUGUCACAGUUUCCCAAAUGGAGUUUGGCGCAAGAAUGUAAAGGUGGUUCAGUCAGAUAGUUUUGAGACAGCUACACCUUCGAAUAGCCACAUCAUCACAGAACCUGGACAAAAUGUCACACUCACCUACCAGCUUCAAAGCAACUGGCCAGUUGAGCAAGUCACUUGGGAAAAGGUCCAGCCUCAUCAGAUAGAUAUCUUAGCUUUCUGUAACCUGUCCCAAGGAAGAAGUUACAGCUCAAAAUACUUGAGACAUACAUGGAGCAACUGUAGCCAGGGAGGCACGAAGAGUUUCCUUGUCAUCCCCAAUGCCAUCAUCGCUGACUUGGGUCUUUACCGCUGCCACUUCAAGGCCAGCACAGGAGAAAAAGAAACCUUUGUUAUAAGGCUGAUGGUAACUGAAGGCAAAGCCAAUAAACAACAUAUCCUCUUCAUCGUUGGAGGAACCGCUUCAUUGAUGUUUGUAGUCCUAAUUACCAUCAUUGUUAUUUUAUAUAACAGAAGGAGAAGGAGACAGGCAAGCAUGCCAGUUAAAGAGUCCAGGGAUAAACAGAGUAAGGUAGUCACCAACUACAGAAGUCCCACUUCUACCAACCAAUCCAUGGAUGAGGAAAAAGAGGACAUUUACGUGAACUACCCAACCUUCUCUCGAAGACCAAAGCCCAGAUUCUAAGCUGGUCUCAUGACCUGAGCACAUUAAUGAUGACUUCUGUAGGCACAGAUCUUUCUCCAUGCUCUUCCCACCAUGAGUAUCUACCUUCAUAAAAUUUGACUAAACUUGCUUCAUUUGUUAUGAAAAAAUACUGUGUUUCCUGGAGGAUGUUCUUAAUAGAAAUGUUUUAGGAAACCAAAUUUAAUUAGAUUAUGUAUAAAAGGGAAUUUCUUGCAUCAUGUAACAGAACAAUUUCAAGAUCAAGUAUCACAGGGCUUUAAUGUUGUAUCUGGAAUUAAUGGUGGGUAUAAGCCGGUUUCUGGAUCCCUUCCACAGAGUUGGAGCCACUGCCCUACUCUUGGCUUAACUCUCACGCUGCUUCCUCCCCAUGUAUUCCCAUGAUAGACAACCAAUGGAACUUGGUGGAUAGUUUGCUAUUCUCACACAAGAAACAAAAAUGGCUUAUUUAUUUAUCAGUAAGACAGUAUCAUAGCCAGAAAGAAUGAGAUGGCUUAUGUCAGUUAUGGGUUCACCUGUAAAACAGGGAUGGGGCUAAACACAUUACUUGGCAAUUCAAGGUAUUACUGAAAAGGAGGAGGAAUCAAAUGUAGAAGUUGAGUGGUUCUUAAUAAAUGUUGACUGCAAUAACAUCCCAAGACAUUGCUUUUUAAUACGCUAAGAAGCGAGGUUGCUGCUCCACCUGCAUAGUCCAAAAGAGUGCAUGUAAAGGAAUGGUCAGGAGUAACAUAAGAAUAGCUCCCAUCUCCUGCCUUUCUAAAUAAAUUCAUCUCUAAUUUUACAUAGAAUUCUUGCCAUUAUCUCUAGUCUUCUGAGCAAUGAGGUGGCCCAAUAAUAAAUACAAUGUUUUUGGUAGUUAUUUUCUCUACUUUUGAGAAUUAUUUUAGUAUGUAAAUUCCUAAGUUAAGAAAUCUGUGAAGUGAGUACAUGAAAAGAGAGUGGUGGAUGAAGUGUUAAAGCUGUAGAAACCUGAGGGGGUGUAAUGAGAAAAGAAAGGACUCACAAAAUAGGACUGUAUGAAGGAAAACUUGUGAUUCGCAUUUUGGACAAAGCCAGCCCUCCUAACACCGCUGGCACUUAGAGAUCAUACCUGGUAGAAUCUAAGUUCUAGAUGGAGAUAAAGAAAUGAAAGGUAUUUGUGAAACUAAAUAAAACUUAUGGUUAUCUCAAAGCCAUGUGGUUCAUUAUGAAAUGGAAUGGUGUUUAGUAUCAGAUGAUUCCUUACUUAUCUCUCAAGAAACAGAAAACAUAACUGUCUUUUAAAAUUGAUUAUAGAAAGCUUGAUUUAAAUUUUCAGUUUGUAGAUUUCAUUAGAAGCUUAAGGGAGAAAUCCAAAUAGUCAUUAUAUUACACAGUCUAAAUUGUAAUCUACGUUUUUAAGCUAAUUAGUGGCUAGUUCAUAAUUUUAGUCUUAAGAACCUCACAUACUGAAGAGGCCCCAGUUCUGCCAAUUACAGAAAUUCAAAAGGCAAUAUAUGAACACAGCCAUUUUUUAUGGUCUAGUCAAGAAUGGUUAGCUCUUAUUUUUAUUGUGAUUGCUUAAAGAUUUUUGUGUCUUGAUUUGUGAACUGUUUCUACAAAUAUGUCAAUUUAUCAAAGUUGAAAGACUGUCAUUUCUUGGAGCCAUCUGAUGGUAUAUGACUACAUCUCCACUGGCAUGGUGAAGCAACUUUGCAGCAUUCAUAAAGUAAACUGCUUCUCUUCCUUUAAAUGCUAAAGACAAUCAAAAUGCUACUUUCUGGAGGGUUCAGAUAACCAGCUUUUCAGUGGCUAAUUAUGUGAGAGGGAAAACUUUUUUAACCAUACCAUGGGGAUAUAUGAAUCACACAGGGUGAUUUUUAUGACAAAUCACCUAAGAUUAGGAAAGUGUCCAGAAUAUUGGAAGUAUGCACUGUUUCCAUGGACAUUUUAACUAAAACAAAUAAACAAACAAACAAAAAGAAAACAAGAAAAUCUUUUCUCAAAAUAUCCAUGAGAACAGUUUACUCUGACAGUUCUUCCUUUCUAUGUGUAGUCCCCUUGCAGAAUUUAGAAGUGUUUUUAGGAACUGGAGGUUGUCCUAACACUGACAGUUCUCUGCCAUUCCCGCUGCUCCAUCUUAGCCAGAUUUAUGCUGAAAGACUCCAUUCCUUGUCUUUUCUGGACAUCUUUACUCAAGAAAGAACUUUUAUUUCAAUCUUUGUAUCAUAUAAUUCACCAGAGUUUUGGAACUCUACCUACCCUAUUUUUCCCGCUAAAUUGUUUUUGUACCUACUCUUCUAGAUGUUGGUAAGGAAACCAGUCACAACUGUUUCACAAGGUAAAAGACCAAGGUCAGAAUUGAAAUUAAAUUUUGUUCUAUACCUUUUCUAUACGGUGCUUCUUUGGAGACAGGAUGCUUUAUAAAGGUGCUUUACACACAUGUUUUAUAUUAAUAUAUAAGACAACAUUACAUAGAAAGUAUGCUUGUGUUAAAUGACAUUAUCCUAAUAUCUAUGUUAAUGUAAAUAAUGAAAGGAAAUCACUGUCUGAUCAGGUAGAUGAGCUUCCUUGGGGAUGGCAUAAAUUCUUAUGAGCUGACAACUAUGCAUUCAUUAUGUUAUUAGCAGGCUGACCAUUGAACAUUAUUUAAAGGCCUUUAUGAUAAUGUUGACAAAAUAGAAUAGAAAUUUCUUCUUUUCUUUUUUAUCUCUUUUUUUAUUACUGAAGAAAGAACUCAGGGCCUUGUGGAUGUCAGGCCAGUGCUCUACUGAUGAGCUACAACCCCAGGUCAGAAUAUAAUUUUAUUAACUUAUAAUUAUGUUUAUAGAUGAGAGACAGGUGGGUGAAGAUAUAAUUUUCAAUCAGUAAAUUUUCAAAUUUAUAGAGUUUAAUAAUCAACUUUUUGCUAAGAUAUUAUGCAUCGAGUCUCAAUGUUAAAAAAGUAAAAUAAGAAAUUAGUAGGUUUGUUUAAGCAAGUUAUUACUUUACAUAUAGAACUUUAUUACAUAAAAUCAUAUCUGCAUCGCAAUAAUUUUUCAAAUUCAGAAAGUCCAUGUUAUAGUUAGACAUCAUAAUCAAAUGUUUUUCUUCAUUUGCUUAAUGUGGUAUAUUUUAUACAGCUUAUAUAAAAUUUCAAUAAUAUUGAAGAUUUAAAGAUGCUCUUGUAAUAUAUAAGUGGAAUGCUAAAUUUGUGAGCACAAACUUAAUUUUAUUUCCACAGUAGUAAUAUGAAAA